AUGGCCGCCGGAAAGGUGAUUGUAUAUGGUGGACGAGGAGCUCUUGGCAGCACAAUCUUGGAACACUUCAAGAAAAGCGGCUUCUGGACAUUGAGCAUUGAUCUUGUGGCCAAUGAGACAGCGCACAUCAACGUUUUGGUCGAUGGCAAGGAAGAUUGGGUCUCCCAAGAGGCUAACAUUAUGAGCGGGGUCUCCGCGGCACUCGAUUCCCCAGUAGACGCGAUUUUCUGUGUGGCUGGAGGAUGGGCUGGUGGCAACGCCGAAUCAGAAGACUUCAUCAAGAAUGCUGAUCUCAUGUGGCGACAGUCGGUUUGGAGUAGCGCCAUAGCGGCCAGGCUCGCCUCCAAACACCUGAAACCCGGUGGUUUGCUUCAGUUGACCGGUGCUUCUGGGGCAACCCAUGGCACCCCUAAUAUGAUUGGUUACGGUAUGGCUAAAGCAGCUGUUCACCAACUGACUGCUUCACUAGCCGCUAAGGGCUCUGGUAUGCCACAAGACGCUUGUGUAUUGGCACUUUUGCCUAUUACUCUCGAUACGCCUAUGAAUCGGAAGUGGAUGCCCAAUGCGGAUCACUCAACGUUAGUUCCAGAAAACCUUGAACUUUUCUUGAGUCAUGCAUGA